AGCAUGAGCUAAACAUUUUAAGAAAACCAUCUGUGAGAAUACUUUAGGAAACAUUCACAAACGUUCCCAGAAAGUUCAAAAUUGUAAUCUUCCGAGAACAUUCCCUGGACGUUCCCAAACGUUCAGAAAUGACAUCGUUAAGGGAACGUUCCCACAACCCAAAAAUGUUUGCUAUUCGGGCAACGUUUCGGCAUCAACGUGCUUUCUUCAAGGUUUUUACGUUGGUGAAAUGGAUUGCACUGUCACAUGUUACUGCGCGGAUCACUGCAUUGUCUAAAACACCAGCUUUUGAGUUCACGUUAGUCGCAUCAAUCAGGGAUAUGAGGUGGACUAGUAUAAGUUUCACCUCAAAUAUAGGAGCAAAGUUUGGUUGUUGGAUAUAGAGGUGUUCAGGAGCACGACUCCACAAUAUGAUCACGUAGCUAUAGGUGAUGGAAAAAAACUCAAGCCCGUCCAUAUCAUUCGAACUAGGCUCAGACUCCGAGUCUCCUGUCUGAACAUGCGUUCUCUUCAAUAAAAGACACAAUUACCCUUCUUGCUGACGGACGUCCCAAUCCUGUUGUGAAAGAGGCUGACAAGAACACUUUGCAAGUCUUUGGUUGGAUUUUACAUUGUAGGACUCUGCUGAGACAUGCUGGCAGUUGCGUUUGCAUUGAGCGUUAUCCUCACCGCUUUACCAGGCUCUGUGGGUAGUAAGUGGACUGUUUCCUUCACCCGGAAAGAGAUUUGUGUCUGGGCUGGGACCACUGUCACACUCCCUUGUUGGUUUGACUACCCAUCCGGACUCACUGUCAAGAGGGUGAUGUGGUUUAGGGUCUCUGGCAGGAGGGAGUUUGCCCACCACUCAGACUCAAGCUUAAUUAGCCUGUCCUAUAGAGAGAGGACCAAGUAUACAGGCAGUCAUAAGAGCUGUGGGAUCCAGAUUGCCAAUGUGAAGCUCAGCGAUGCUGGACAGUACUACUUCAGAUUCGAGACCAACCACCCUCAGGGACGAUGGACCUCACCGGACACUGUCUCACUCUCUGUCACAGAGCUCCAAGUGCAGGUCCAGCCAGCGAGGACAGCCAACCUGUUUGGCCCAGGAGAGACGGUGUAUCUGGGCUGUAUGGCCAGAGGCUGUGCUGCAGCAGGAAGGAGCCUGGCCCUCUAUAGGAACGGCAUCAACCUAGGGUCACCAGAGAAGUGGCUAAUAAUCUACAACUUUGACAGCUCACAUUCUGGUUCCUACUAUUGUCGUCCAAUUCCUCCGCAGAAUGUCCAGUCUCCACCACAAACCGUGGCUCUGGGACAUGCACCCCAUUCCACAGCGAUUGAGGUCAGUCCGACAGGUGCGGUCACAGAGGGGGGCUCCAUAACUCUUACUUGCAGUAGCAGCGGGGCUCCAGCAGUAGAGAGCUAUGCCUGGUUUAAGGACAAGGAAAGUGGCAGCAUCCCGGACAAUUUCAGACCCGUUCUCCACCUGAAGAAAGUGUCUCACAUGGAUCAGGGAGAGUACUUCUGUGUAGCGCGCAACCCACUGGGCACAGAGAGGUCCAAACCUGUCUUGCUUAAUAUCACAUAUUCUCCAAAGAACACCAGAGUAUUGAUCAGCCCAACAGGAGACAUCAAGGAGGGGGACUAUGUCAACCUGACCUGUAGCAGCAAGGCCAACCCCCCAGUGGACCGGUAUGCCUGGUACAAGAACAUUGGUGAUCAAACCUGGGCCAAAGGGUCAAGUCAGAACCUCUCUUUCCCCAGUGUCCACCCACAGAAUGGAGGACAGUACUUCUGCACAGCCUGGAACCAACACGGACAUGAGAGCACCCCUGCAGUCACCUUGGCAGUUCUCUAUGCCCCUAAGAACACGUCAGUUUUGGCGCAGCCUUCGAGUGUGAUUGACGCUGGUCGUCCUCUGACUCUUACCUGCAACAGCCAAGCCAACCCAGCGGUGGAUAACUACACGUGGUUCAGGAUCAAUGCGGCUGACUCCUGGGUAACACGAUCAGGCCCCAGCUACACCUUUGCUGAGGUCAGCUCCGGGGAGAGCGGCCAGUACUACUGUGAGGCGCGCAACCGAAUCGGCGCCAACAGCUCACCUGUCCUUACUGUCAAGGUCAGAGGUAGACUGAAGGUCAUCGCUCUGGCCUCAGCAGUGGGUGUGUCGGCUGGACUCAUCACUCUCACUGUGGCCAUCAUGAUCAGCAAAAACAUGCACAGAGUAGACAUGGAAUAUCCUGAGAAAAACGAAAAGAGGCAGUCAGUGACAGCUGAUACAUUGUUCUAUGAGUCAGUCCAGCAGACCUUUCAGCUGAGGACUGGGAAGAUGUCUGACAUUCCGGAGGAGCCAGAAGAUGUGUAUGAGAGUGCUCAUCCCUCCAUUGUACCCCUGAAGGAGGCUUCACCCUGCACAGAUGUAGACAGCACCCUCAACUACAUCACUGUGCAUUACUCCAGAAUACCCAGCCUGGACCAGAUUCAAGUUUCAAACAUACCACUCGAUGGCGAGAAGGAGUCAAAGGAGGCUGCCAGUGUUGUUUACACUGUCCUGGCCAGGCCACACCAUUAGUGUUGCAGUUAAGAACAUGUUCCAUGUCAUCACCAGAAGCAUCAUUUCCAUCUACUCCUGACGUGUGUAGGGUCUCAGUUUCUAAAGAGGAAAUCCAAUUCAUUUUUUUUCUAAUAUACUACAAAUCCUAAUUUGCUGUGAAUAGUUCAAGUACUGGGAGUUCAUGUUAGUUUAUUCAAAUUCCAAGUUACAUUAUAUAAAAUGUAU